AUGGCCGCUCUUGUCCCAACCGACGCAAGAAACCAGCUCCAGGACCUAUCGGGCAUCGUCAUCCAACCCGGGGAAAAUCCCUACGUAGCCCUCAUCAACGCCUGCGACAACGACCCGGCCAAGAUCCAGAAGCUCUACGAGACGCACCGCACGCUGCGCAACCAGCAGCAGCGCGCAAAAUUUCUGGAUCCGGCCUUUACAGAGGUCCUGGUCGACCCGUUCCUUAUCCGCAUCGAAAACCCCAGCAUUGAUCCCUCCUUUGCCGACCCGCGGCAUGGCCUUGUAUUCUGGGCCCGCCCUCCAGAGCACGUCCUGCAGCUCACCGCCCAUGUGCAGAGCCUCCUCCAGAAGGCCGGCCCCCGUGGGCUGUGGCUCAUGCCCACGAACCGCCAGCACAUGACGGCCCUCGAAAUCACCCACUCCAAGACGCCCGCGGAGGCGUUUGCCGUCGUCGACAAAAUGGCCAAGUCCAUGACGCAGGCGACGGCGGACGACGGCAGCCUCACCGCGGAGUCGGGCAUUGCUUCGAUUGUCAACUACCCCUAUGCGCACCGCGCGCGCCUCGUCAAGCCCAUGCUCUCGUACGACCUGUCCGCCGUGGCGUUGUCCUUUGUGCCGGCUGCCGGCGAACCCAGGGCCUCGCCGGCGCCUAUCCCGCCGGCGCAAAACACCGCUGUUGAUGCUGUUGGCGAUGCCUACACAUACCACCAUCUGCGGCGCGACCUGUUUGACCGCGCCCAGGCCACGGGGGUCGAGGUGGCAUCGCGGUACGUUGUGCCCAGCGCGCAUAUUACGCUGGGUCGGUUCAUUGGACAGGACGAUCAUGCCACGCCCGAGGCGCGCCAGGCGUGGGUGGACACGCUGGACGAGAUCAAUGCGUGGCUGGAGAAGGAGGUAUGGGACAAGGUGUGGGAGCUGUCGGAGACGGACAGCGAUAUCGCGGGAGUGAGCGGCUACCGGAAGCCUGACCUGCCGCCCCCGCACCGCCGGCUGGUGGGUGAGUGGGUGGUCGGGCAGGAGCGCGGGCUUGAUGCGCGGACGGGUGCUCUGUGGUACGGCGGAGGCCGGAGCGUCAUGGUCGGACAGGGCUUCUGA